GCCGAACUCGUCAAGAACGUUGCCGAGAUUGAAGAUGCAGAACGUAAAAUCAAAACACAACGAACACUUUCGAUAUGUGAACGCAUAUAUUUGGGUUAUUCGGGUGAUUGCUUCUGUAAUGGUCAUUCGUCAACGUGCGAUCUAAUUGGGCAUUUUUGCGUGGAUUGUGCCGAUAAUACAGAUGGAGUACAAUGUGAGCAAUGUUCAGCAGGUUAUAGUGGAAGUGCUUUAGCGGAUUCAUUGGAUGGUUGUACAGAAAUGUCAACAAAUCAAUCGUCCUCCAUAUGCACGUGUAACAGGCAUUCAUCGAGCUGUGAUUCAGAUGGCAUAUGCCAGGAUUGUGAACAUAACACAACGGGUACAAAAUGUGAACAUUGCAAAUCAGGCUUCUAUGGGGAUGCCACUCAAGGUACCAAGGACGAUUGCAUUAAGUGUCCGUGCGGUGAGGGAGGAGAGUGUUUUGUGAACAGCGAUUCAUUGUUGGAAUGUCGUGUUUGCAACAGCGAAACACCAAACAAAAUGUGUAAUACACGCAAAUGA